GCACGCAGGUGACGGAAGCUGGGGUUGGUAAAGCGCUGGGUCGUGAGGCUGCGUGACCGCCUGGUUUGGAGUCAGGGCUUUAGACUUAGAGGGGCGGCCAGUCAGGGGCCGCGCGUCCCGUUUCCCCGGCCGUCCGCAGUCAUGCCCCCCAGGACCCAAGGACCCUCAGCCGGGCUUGCUUAGAGAAGACGCGGCCGCCCAGCGCUUGGGUCCUUUGCACGGUCGGCCGCUGGAGAACAGCCGGGCUGAGCGGCGGGGAGAAGCAGGCCACUGCCGUCGUCUAGGGCCUCGGCCCGGGGACCCGUGGAGGAUGAGCUGGCUCUUCCCCCUGACCAAGAGCGCUUCCUCCUCCGCAGCGGGGUCCCCCGGCGGCCUCACCAGCCUGCAACAGCAGAAGCAGCGCCUGAUCGAGUCCCUCCGGAGCUCCCACUCCAGCAUAGCCGAGAUACAGAAAGAUGUGGAAUACAGGUUGCCGUUCACCGUGAACAACCUGACAAUUAACAUUAACAUAUUGCUUCCUCCACAAUUUCCUCAGGAAAAACCAGUGAUCAGUGUUUAUCCACCAAUACGACAUCAUUUAAUGGAUAAACAAGGAGUAUAUGUUACCUCUCCAUUAGUAAACAAUUUUACAAUGCACUCAGAUCUUGGAAAAAUUAUUCAGAGUCUAUUGGAUGAGUUUUGGAAGAAUCCUCCAGUUUUAGCUCCUACUUCAACAGCAUUUCCAUACCUAUACAGUAACCCAGGUGGGAUGCCUCCUUACGCCUCUCAGGGUUUUCCAUUUCUUCCUCCAUACCCCCCGCAAGAAGCUAACAGAUCUAUCAGUUCUUUAUCUGCUGCUGACACUGUUCCUUCAUCAACGACAAGUUAUACAACAGCCAAACCUGCUGCUCCUUCAUUUGGCAUCCUUUCAAAUCUGCCAUUACCUGUUCCCACUACAGACAGUUCAGCACAGAUAAACCAAAAUGGUUUUGGUUACAAGAUGCCAGAUGUCCCCGAUGCAUUUCCAGAACUCUCAGAACUAAGUGUGUCACAACUUACAGAUAUGAAUGAACAAGAGGAGAUAUUACUAGAACAGUUUGUUACUUUGCCUCAACUAAAACAAAUUAUUGCUGACAAGGAUGACUUAGUAAAAAGUAUUGAGGAGCUGGCAAGAAAAAACCUGCUUUUGGAGCCCAGCUUGGAAGCCAAAAGGCAAACUGUUUUAGAUAAGUAUGAAUUGCUUACACAAAUGAAAUCUGCUUUUGAAAAGAAGAUGCAAAGACAGCAUGAACUAAGUGAGAGCUGUAGUGCGAGUGCCCUCCAGGCAAGAUUAAAGGUAGCUGCACAUGAAGCUGAGGAAGAAUCUGAUAACAUUGCCGAGGACUUCUUGGAGGGAAAAACUGAAAUAGAUGAUUUUCUGAGUAGCUUCAUGGAAAAGAGAACAAUUUGUCACUGUAGAAGAGCCAAGGAAGAGAAACUUCAGCAGGUGAUAGCGAUGCAUAGCCAGUUCCAUGCUCCAUUGUAGAUUUUCCUGAAAACAUGAACUGCCAAGAGAGGAAUGGGACACAUAACUAAGCACAUUUAUAUUUAUGAUUUGCAAAUUGGCAUUCAUCAUAACAGCUGAAUUCAUAGAGAUACUGUAUAGAUUGUAUACAGAACUGAGACUGAUUUUGUACAGAUCAGAAUGAUUGCUAUGAUCUUGACUUUGAGAAACUCUUCUGCACUAUUUGCACUAAAAAUGUUUAUUUAUUAUGGAUAAAUCCUAUCAUAUUUAAGUUCCACUGCUGUUCCUCUCUUAUUGAUUAAAUAAUUAUGCAUGUAAUUUAGCUAGUUUUCAUAUUUUAUAAAAUUACUUCAUUUAAAUUUGUAUUUUUAAUUUGAAUCUGCCUCAUUUGUUUAUCAAAAACGCUUUGCUUAGAAUUUUUCCUCUCAACUUUUUAUGAAAAUAUUACUAUUUCAGACUAUAAAAAGACUUAUUUUUUCUCAUUCUUCUGGAUAACCAAACUUUCAAAAACAGUAUCUUUUAAAUAGUCCUAGUAUAGUAAACAUUAAACCUGCCAAUGUGCCAUCUCAAGAAAGUAACUUUUAAUACGUACAAUAAAUCAAAAGAAUAAACCAGCUGCUUUUAUAUAUUGUUUUAUUUUUAAAAUUAAAGAUGCACUUAAGAAGCAAUACAGGCAAAUAAAUAUUUCACCUACUAGGAAAAAAUUGCCAUUCACUUAAAUUAGUCCAACGUAAACUUUCAUGCUAAUUUUUUAAUAUAAAUAUGCAAU